AUGACCUCCCGUCCGCGGCUCCGGUCGAGCAGCAGAAAGAACACGCCUCUUUCCCCUCCCAAGCCCACGUCGAUCAGCGUCGUCAUCGACGCGCCACCAAAUCACAACAGACGGCGGACGCGUUCAGUCAGCCAACAAGUGGCAGCAGCGCAACAGCUGUCGCAAGAGCUUGAGCAGGGCUUACCCACUGUUGCCGAAGAACGACCGCCAUCUGAGCGAGUCGAGAGUGUCGACAGCAGCAUUUCUGUCUCAAUUGAGGAGGGUUCCACAGGGUCAUCGAUUGAGAGCCUGUUAGAUUCCCUGGAUCGAAAUGCCAUCAUCGACAAUCUGGUCAAAUUGCGCAAUGACUCAGACGGGAUAUUUUCAAUGUUUGAGGGUGAUGAGAAGAACAGAGCAGCAGACGUCUGCGCAAAGCUACUGAAGCUCGACCCUUUGCUCCACCGAAAAUUGUCGCGCCGGGAGGAACAGCUCUUGGCCACCAUGGAAGCAUAUGGAGGUAGCCCAGACUUUAUCAACCCAGAGAUCGUUAUUCGCAAAAUCCUUGAUGACAGUGGACUGCGCAAGAUCAACAACGGCCCAUGGCGCCCCGAUGGUGUCCUUUAUCUGGCCAAUCUUGCCUUGCAGAUGGUCAGGGUAUUGAGCCGCUCUUUAGAAGAACGUCACACUUAUCUCGAGUUGAUGUUCAACAACUUCCCAGCACCUUUUCACGGUCUUGACCCUUUUAUCUCCUCGCCUGACAUGCUGAAAGGUACUUUCCACUGCUAUAUUGAGAUUCUCACUCAGUUCUACAUCCGACAAGUAGAGAUUAAGCAUCACGAAGAGGGAUUCGACCCUGAUGAAUAUCUCGGAAAUGUCUUCUACGACGGACGCUAUAAGAUAAAGGGGUCGUCGGACGAAGCGACCUACGCGAAAGCAAUGUCACGGAUGUCCUCCAUUAAAUCCCAUUUCAACACGGAAAUUGCCCCGUACAUCAAUAUCGAAGCCCUAAGACAACAAUUCCCUUGGUCAGAUUUUGCUGUGCAAGUGGUCAGAUGGAGCCUGGCUCGCAAGAAGGAGUUGGACGAAGUGAUCAAUUCCAGGGGGGGCAUAGAGAAGCUCAUCGAUACGCUUCUUGCUGAAGAUUUCCAAGAUGAGGCAGCUCUCGCGAAUAGACUCAGUCAAGGACCGGAGUUAGCAGGCCUCAACAAGAAAGAGCAGGAUCCUGUCAGAGGCGACAUUCAAGCAGAGCAGGUUGAACAUGCCAAUAACCAAUCUACAAGCCUGAAGCAGAAGGCGGCAACCGGGAGUUUGUCGGGGAAAGCCAUGAAAGCCAACAUUGACAGACUCAAGGCCCUCAAAGUCCAGCAUUCAACACGCCACUCCGGGUCUAAAAUAACCCAAGUUGCUCCAAAUUCGCCAGAACCAGAGCAUGAGAUUCCACGGUCACCAUCGCCAUUUGUCAAUGAAACUCAACCAGGAGCUAUCGAUGGAGGCGACAGCCAAACAGAGAGUCUACCUCAAGCUGCAGCAUCUGACGAAGAGAUCGUCCCAACUCAGCAGACAAACAUAGUCCUAGAGACUGUUCGCCGACAGAAUGAACAGAGCGACAAGGAGAAUAAGAAUCAACCUGCGAGGAAGGCAUCAUUGCUCGACCGUCAAAAGGGGGCAGAGAGGGUGGAAUGGAGCGAACCUUCUGAUAAUGAAGAUACUCCCCGCCAGCUUCCCAAGCGUCGACGACCUCAAACGGUCGAAAUUGACGCCGGCCCUGACGAGUUCGAGACGGAUAAAAGAGCAACAAAGAGAGUUCGUGCUAGUGGUGAAAUCGCUAGACGACAAUCAAGGACGACCCGCCCAAGCCUCCCAGCCGAAGAGGAGAAUACCACAACUACCAGUGGUCAAGAUGCUCGCCUCUCCGACAAAUCCCGGACGGUUGCAUUUGCAAAUCGGGGCCAGCCUUCAAGACUGGCCCGAGCAGUUCGCUCACGGUCGCCAGAAGCCGUGCAACGCGCGUUGUCGAUCGAAUCAUCACAGCCCUCAAGGUCCGGUACACGGAGGUCGCCAUCUGAUCGAGCACCUCUUGAAUCUGUCCCAGCAGCCCAACGAUUACCCUCUUCGAGCGCGCCCACUCGAACUCACCUUGAGAGUUUCAGGUCAUCCAGGCAACCAUCAGAGGCGCCACCACUCGCGUCCCAAAUUGAUCGUGUAAACCAGGAAGCUAAAGCAAGGAUGCGCAUGUCCCGCGAGUUGGCAGCUCCACGGGGCAGUCAAGUUCGUAUACCCUAUACGCAAGACGAGGUCGAAAGAUUGAUGGAGAUGAUCGCAUUGCACGAAACGUCCUGGGCGAUGAUCUUAAAAGAAGACAGAAAACACAAGGAUGGGCCGAUGUUGCAGAGGAGAACCCAGGUGCAGCUAAAGGAUAAGGCGCGGAACCUUAAGUUGGAUUUUCUCAAAGCUCGCGCUCCCUUACCACCAGGAUUCGAGAAAGUGGGGGGUAUCGGCGAAAAGAAAAUCGCGGAGCUGAAAGCACUCGGUAUCGACUACGUUCAAGCACAUGAGGAUGGAGCUCAGGAUCCAGUCCGUUAUACCAAACGUCGGCGCGUGGCCGAUGCUGCUGACAGUGACGACGAGGCUUGA